CAUGGAGCCGUACGGCACGGGUCGCAGUGCGUUUACGCGACGGGUCUGUAAAAAGCUACUUUUUACGGGUAAGUACUAACCCUAUGUCGGCACCAAUCACUAGUACUCGUACUCAUGCUUAAUUCAUUUCACCGUUUUCAUCUGCAGUGCACUACUGCAUCUUCCAGCGUCAAAGUCCAAGGAGAGUUCGUUUCUAUGAGGAGUCUCCAUGACACCAACCCAGAUGUAGUGCCAAGGCCGCACGCAUGGGGAAAAUUAGAUGAAAAUAACAUGGCCAAGACUCAAGACUCAAGACUCAAGACUCAAGACUCUUGAAAGAAAAGAAAGAGAGAACCAACAGAGAGAAAGAAUGGCGGCCGGGCGCAAUAGUUAUAUGGGUGAACAACAAGCUGCUGACACGUAUUUCAUUCUUUAUGACUUUGUUCAUUCUUCGGGUGAUGACCUCCCAGAUCCAGCCAUCCUUUGUGCCCACCUAGCUCGCAUUCAUCGGACUACUCUACCUACAAAGGAAUUUGGCUUCGACACCCUGCGCUCCCUUGACGGCGUCGUCUUGGAGCCGGCAUGGGAUCGUAGCUGGGCGGACUGCUUUAGUCGCCUAGUUACAACAUUCUUUAACCACGAAAUUUCGGUCAAUGGCAGGUGGCCUGACUAUGAAGCCGCCUUCAAAGACCUAAUAAACCGAACAGUCCCUCGUAUGCUGGGCCGUCUCCGAAGCAAGGGCCAGCAUAUCACCCCAUCUCUUGUACAUGGGAAUUUGUCCUCCGACAAUGUUGCCGUCCGGCAGGCGGAUGGCAUGCCUGUGUUAUUCAGCGCCUGCGCUAUGUAUGCACACAACGAGUAUGAACUGGGAGCGGCAAGUCUUGCAGGUAACGGAUUUGAUUCAGCAUUCGUCGACCAGUACCUCAGAACCGCCUUGCCUAGUGAGCCAGUCGAUGAAGUCCAUGAUCGGAUAAUUCUGUACGGCAUCCGGUUUAGGCUUGGUUUCUCAAUUUCACACAGCACAGUCAUCAGGGAAAGCAUUUACGGUGAUAUGCGAUAUUUGAAUAGCAAAUAUGCAGACAGAUAGUAGAUUGACUAGUCUUUUGCAUACGUCUGCUACACGACGAUGCCGAUGGCAAUUCCUUUAAUAUUCCGUUCGUUAGAAGGCAGCUGCUCGUGUUCCUUUGGUAGAGGUCAACAACAUCUUGAUACUUGGACAUUCCAUAAGAAUGUCAAUAUAAUAUUCACUGUUGCCUUAUGUGAAAUGGGGUCUCUAUCAUACAAGAAUCUGGAAUGAAUGGGAAGUAUCUAGAAAUCACGCUGCAUUUUCUUUUCUAGCAGAC